CGUGCGUCUCGCGGCCUCGCGCCGCACGUCAGAUAGCGGGUGGAGAAUGCGGCGAUAACGGCGGCCCGAUAACGGCCGGGAGCGAACUGCGCCGCUCGUGUGAGAUGUUCGUCGGGCCGUCGACGAAUCCUUCUUCUGACGCGACGAGGAAUCGUGGACGAGGAUGUCGAGGCUGGGCACGUACGAGCUCACGCACCCGGAGUCGCUGUCGGAGCACCAGCUCCGCGAGAUCCUGAAGAACAGUUGCAUCGAGAUCCUCAAGUUCGAGAAACUGUGUAGAAGCGAGCUGUUGGAAAUGUAUAAACGAGUCGCGAUGCCUUUACCUCAGCGGCAGCGAGGAGGCGCCAAGAGCUCGAGUACAGUAGACAUGAUAGUAGAAAAAUCCAUUAUGGCUGUUAACGAUGACGACAGUUUAGUGGCAGACUUCAACAAAGGAAACAAGAGGAUAUCGUCUCAUCUUCAGACAGAUAAAUCGAAAGCCCCCCUUAACGAUCAGAGGCCAGCGAAUAAGAAGAUUCGAUUAUGUUCUACGCCGAAAGUAGAAAUGAUUGAGUGCAACGGAAUUUACAAGCGCAGUGGCGAAGAACAGAGCGAGGUAUACAUGUCGUAAUUUUCUGUAGUUCAAGAACCAUUAAUGAAGAAACGCCAGAAAAUCACAUGGCCAUAGACAACAAGAGGAAAAUGCUCAGCUCUUUUAAUUUGUUACUAGGAAUUUAAUUUUAAAUAGCAGUAUGCUAAAACCGAAUCUAUAUCAUACGGUUGAACUUGCAAUGUUUGGCCAGUGUGAGGAAGAACAUGUGAAGUUUGCAAGACAUUCGUGAAUUUAUUUAACGUGUUGAAUUAUGAGCUUUAAACAGAUUGGCAGAAAUAUUGAUGUAAUUCUAUCGGGCUUCUUAAAUUUUUUAACGUUAAAGUAGAAAAAUGAUGCAAUGAUUCUGAAUCUUUUACAUAAUUUUUUUAUAUUACGUGCACAAAGGAAAUGGAAAUUAUUAUCAGACACAAUUGCAAGAUUUGGCAGCUGGCAAUAAUUAGAGAAAAUCUUAUAUAUAAUAUAUGUAUAUCACUGUAUCGAUUUACGGUUCGUUAAUUUAAUCGAGCAGUCGAUAAAUUGUACAUACAUGAUAUGAAUUUUGGGUUAGACACUGAAUCAACAGUAUUUAAAGAUACACGAAUCGACAGAGAGUGUGUGUUAGCUAAUAGCGAAUUCGGUUGCUUGCAUUAGUGCGCACUGAGUUGCACACUAAGGCUUGUUUACAAUCAAUUCUUAUAUUUAAGGAUCGUCUCAAGUAUCUCUUGAAAUAUUUCGUAGUCGGUAAAGUGAUCUGUGUGGCAUCCGCGCGGAUCAUUUUUUAGCUAAAUACUUUUUGAACGUGUACUUUUAAGAACAAAGUUAAAUAUAAAAAUUGACUGUAAACAGGCCUCAGUGUGCAGUCAGUGCGCACUAGUGCAGGCAAUCGAAUUCGCUAUUAGAUGGUUUUAUUUUUCCUGCGACGUAGAGAUAUAAAUAGUAUUAAGUUAACGAUGACUUUACUUAAAACAAUUAUCUUUUAAUAAUACGUAAUGUCACUUGUAAUUCACGACGUAUGCAGUGCUCACGUUAUCCCGAAACGAAGAUACCGAUAGUAUUUGUAAAUUCUGAAUUUACAUGCAUGUACCAUGUCUGUUCUUUGUAGCUGCAUUCUCUAAUUUCUGCACUGGAAACGAGAUAGGUAUCCAAAUAAAUGUUGGAAAGGAAGAAGAAGGAAUUCGACUAUAAAGAACAGACUUGUUGCGCCGAUUGAUGUGUUGUGCGAGAUCUACGCGACGUUUUUAUGUGCGGGGUUUAUCGAUAAGAUGUAAGACAGCGGUUCAUCUGAAUAAAUUAUCUUAAUUGUUUUAACAUUUAA